AUGAUUCCAAGCAGUGUGAGUCCCAGCAGUGUGAAUCCCAGCAGUGCAAAUCCCAGUAGCCUAGGUCCCAGCAGAGAGAAUCCCAGCAGUGUGGAUCCCAGCAGCGUCAGAGCCAGCAGUGUGAAACCCAGCAGUGUGAAACCCAGCAGUGCGAGUCUCAGUAGUAUGAAUCCCAGCAGCGUGAUUCCAAGCAGUGUGAAUCACAGUAGCCUUAGUCCCAGCAGUGUCUGUCCCAGCAAUGUUAGUCCCAGCAGUGUGAACCUUAGCAAUGUCAGUCCCAUUUGUGUGAAUCCCAGCAGUGAGAAUCUCAGCAGUGUGAAUCCUAGCAGUGUCAGUCCCAGCAGUGUGAACCCCAGCAGUGUGAAUCCUAGCAGUGUCAGUCCCAGCAGUGUGAGUACCAGCAGAAUGAAUACCUGUAGCCUGACUCCCAGCAGUGUCUGUCCCAGCAGAGUGAAUCCUAGUUUUGUGAAUCCCAGCAGUGUCAGUCCCAGACGUAUGACUCCCAGCAGUGUCAUUCCCAGGAGUGUGACUCUGAGCUGUGUCAAUCCCAGUAGUAUGAAUCUCAGCAGCAUGAGUCCCAACAGUGUGAAUCCCAGCAGUGUGAUUCCAAGCAGUGUGAAUCCCAGCAGCAUCAGUCCCUGA